CCGACAUCCCAUCACGAAUCUGAUCUCUGUGUCUGAAGCUCGAUUGAAAAAGAGAGAGUUAACCCUCACGACUCUCCACUCCCCUCGACACACACACACCUCCUCCCUUUCUCAACCCAUCGCACAGAUCGACUCCUUCAAGAUGAUGUCGUCAAGGCUUAUGCGGCCAGCCUUUGCCGCUGCCGCCCGCCAAACAGCUCCUCGAACGGCGAUCCGAACCUACGCUGCCGCUGCGGUCGACUCGAAGCCUCCUGUUGCUCUGUUUGGCUUGGAUGGAACAUAUGCUAAUGCUCUGUACACCGCCGCCGCCAAGACCAACAACCUCGACCCCACGGCCAAGGCAAUCGCCUCUCUCUCAUCCAUCUUGAAAUCCGAUCCAAAACUCCAAACCAUCCUUGCCGCACCCACACUAUCCGACAGCGACAAGUCACAAAUCGUCGCCGAGCUUGAGAAACACACCGGUGGUGCCGAUAAGAGCGGAACAGUCAAGAAUCUUCUGUCCGCUUUGGCUGAAAACAACCGUCUCAGUUUGUUGGAGGGUGUGGCUGAAAAGUUUGGAACUUUGAUUUCCGCUCAAAAGGGCGAGUUGGAGUUGACUGUUACGAGUGCUGCGAAACUCGAACCCAAACUUCUUCAACGCAUUGAACAAGCCAUCGCCAAAUCCGAGUAUAGCCAGGGCAAGAAACUCAAGACUGUGGCUGUGGUCAACCCGGAGAUUUUGGGUGGUUUGGUCGUUGAGGUUGGAGAACGGACUAUUGAUCUUUCUGUCUCGCAGAAGAUUGCUCGUCUCAAUAAACUCUUGACCGAUGCUGUGUAGAUAGAUAUACGGGUAUCUACAUCUCCAUCUCCAUCUCCCUAGGCGAAAAAUGUGGAUCGAUAUUGGAGAACAAAAGAAAAGAUUCUGCCUAUAGGUCCUUUUCCAUAAAUGUGCAAAGAGAGGAAUAGAGAGAUCGAGUGGUUGGUGUGUCUUGAUCGGUUUGUGGGCUGGUGGGCAGUGUGUAUCAGGAAGUGCUAGUGGUGGCAGUGGUAGUGGUCACAGAGACCAACUGAGAACUCAAGUGUGUGUAGUUUCGUUGACUUUGGUCCGAGAGAACCCAAGUCAUAUCGUACAUAAAAUUUUAGAUUGGGACAGCUUUGCCUAGUCAAUUACCUCAUCUCUGAUUAAGUUGGAUGCGUACGAUUAAGUAUAUUAAAUGAGUACGUGCUCG